AUGGGCCUACGAUACUUGACGGCGGUGCUGAAAGGCCGGGUCGGCUUCAAAGUCCGUAACUUUGUUCCGUUCGACGAUACAACAAGGUUUGGCUAUUUACAUUCGAGAUUAUUCUUGGCCAAGGACCCGGAAGGCGUUCAGUUCGUUGGUAUCGGGCCCAAGACGACGCGAUCGGGCGAUAUUUUGGUUCAGUUCCUCAAGACGGAUGCGGUACUGCUCGUACGCGUCGUCAAAGGCGAAGGCACGAUGAACAGUCCUUCAUGGGAUAGUGUCUCUGGAAACGACCUGAUUCAGAAGAACGAUGAUCAAGCGUUUGAGACUUUGCUGACACUGCAGCAACUUACGCGCCUCUCCUUUGAUUCGACUGUCUUGGACACCGAACGCGUGGCAUGCCAUCUUCCAGUUCCAGAGGCCGUUCGGUUUUUGGCAUCGCCCCUGAAUCCGGCACCGAAUGGCGACACCACCCCCGGCUCGCGACAGAGCUCCCUCGGAAAGCGUGCCAGUCGGGAGUCCGCAGCCCAAAAAACUGCCCGCCCCCUCAACGCCCACAUCCUCAGUCCGCCGCAAGAUGGCUGCGAAUGCGCCUUCCCCAGCAUCCAAAGAUGGCGUCCCUCCUCGCCGCCCGACUGCAGCCAGCGGCACCGCUGCGAGCGCCCGUCGUCCUGCAGCGGCAUCAACAAGCACGGCGCGAAUUGCUACGAGCGCGUCCAAAGCCCCCACCACGGCGACAUCGCGCACCAGCACAGUCGGAUCCAGCCUGAACAAGCCGCCUACGCGUCCGGCAGCAGGGACGACGGCGCGCAGGACCAUCUCAUCGUCGAGAACCGCAUCCGAUGCCGAGCCAGAUCUGUCGUCGGUUACAUCAGGCGACGAGAAGAAGAGGACAGCAGUGCGCCGGACGCCAGUCACGUCGUCAGCUACUUCGAGGCCAUCUCCUGCCAAACCGACUUCGAGGCAAUCCAUCGCGCCUUCCUCGACGACGACGACUGCCGCCAAGCGUCCUGUAACCACACGCCCAACUGCAGAGGCAGCGACGACCCGCACUGCCCCACGCGCUUCUCUUGCUGCGUCGACACGGCCGACUGCUACUCGACCCGCGGCAGGAACACGGACGGCAGGCGCGACAGCGAAGGCGCCGGCUGGGCCUGCGAAGAAGCUGUCCCCGAAGAAGCAGAGAGCCCCGUCGUCGUCACCCCUCGCCGUGCUCCCCUCAAGGACAAAGCUGCCUCAGAUGCCGAAACCGAAAAGCGCAAGAGCGCUCUCGAGCCCAUCAGGGCUUCCAUGGCGAAACUCGGCGAGGAGCCGCCGCGUCCGGAUACUGCGCCGACGGGACGUGCCGAGAUGGAUGUGGAGAUGAAGAGGCGGAGCGCUCAGAUCAUGCAGGACUUCUUCAAGGAGACCAACCUGCGCGACAAGCUUCAAGAGCAAUGCGACGACCUCACCCGCGAAGUCGAUAACCUGCACUCGGAGAAAGACAAGCUGCGCAAACAGUUGGCGGACGCUCAGGCCGCUAUUGUUGAGAAGGACAAGGCCAUCUCCGGCGGCUCAGAUGCCUCGCCCUCACAGCACCGCGCCCACACGAUCCUCGUCGAGGACAUGGAAAAGAAGUUUGCGAGAGAAACCAAGCAGCUGGAAGAGCAGAGCCAACAGCUGGAAGAGGAGAAGAAGGCUGCUCAAGAGAGGGAGGCAACCGAGGCAGCCAAGGCCAGCGAGCUGCAGCAGGUCUUGGACGAUUUGAACGCCGAGCUGGAACAACAGGGCCAGCAAUGGGACGAAGAGAAGAAGAAGCUCGUCGAGCAAGCUGCGCAGAUCGAAGGGCUCAACAAGGAGAUUUCCACGCUUCGGGAUGAGCGUGACAGCUUGUCGCAAGAGCUGGACAUCGCCAAGAAGACGCUGGAAAACCUCGAAACGAAAUUUGCGGAGCUCGAGCAGACCCAAUCCGACAGUCUUCGAUCGCGCGAUGCUAAGAUCACCGAGCUGACCAAGACUGUCGACGAGUAUGUGACAGAGGUUGCCUCUCGGGAGGAGAGGCAUACCAAUGCCCUCCAAGAAGCACAACGGUCUCUUGAGUCUAAAUCCUCUGAGUCUUCAGCUGUCGUGGAGCAACUUCAGUCCGAGAUCCAGACGCUACAUCAGAAACACACUGACGAACUGCGCCUCAAGGAAGAGACCAUCGCAUCUCACAUUCAGGCGCAAAAGGAGCUUCAAGACGAUAUUGCCAAGCUGCAAGUACGGGCUGACCAGGUUUCUGCUGACCUGGACACCGAACGCAACGCCCAUGCAGAACAGAUGCAGGCUAAGAUCGAGGAGCUACAGAAGAGUUCAGAAGCAGAGCUGCAAGCGAGAGAAGACGAGCUUUCUGGCCAUCUCAAGUCUAUCGAUAGUCUCCAGGAACAGAUCGUGGCUCUGCAGCAAGGUUCAACUGACGGUGCCAGAGUCGCUGAAGAGCUGCACAUGCAAAUCCAAGAACUGAAGGAGGCUCAUGAGGCAGCGAUCAAAGUCAAGACCGAUGAGAACGAGGAGCUUGUGCGACAACUGGAUGCCAUGAACGAGCAGCUCACCACUGACGCCGCCGAGCUUGAACAGCUCAAGGAAGAGGCCGCAAGUCUCCGCAGCACCAUCGAGACACUCGAGAAAUCCUCGCAACAGCAAGAGUCUCAGCACGCCUCCGACAUGGCUAAAGUCCAAGCCGAGCUGAACGACGCGAACAAGAAGGUGGAAGCCCACAAGGCAGAGCUUGACACGCUGCACGAUAGACACAAGCAAGAUCUUCGGGUUAUUGGCGAGGACUAUGAACGCGAGAUUGAGUCGCUGCGAGCGGAUCUUGAAGGAGACGCAACCAAGCGACUCAACACCCUGCAAGCUGACUACGACUCCCUCGUGACCGAGAAGAGCAAAACACUGGAACAGCAUGAGCAGAUCCUUGCUGAGCGAUCCAGUGAGCUUGAAGCUGUCAAGAAACAGGCUGAAGAAGCCCAGGAGAGUACCGCUCGCGCGACCGAAAAUCGAGACGAUGCGCUCAUGAAGCUCAAGAAGUUAGAAGAAGACAAGGCGGCUCUCACAGAGGCACACGGCAUCUCGCAGUCUCUAGUCGCCGAUCUUCAAGCCCGCGUCGAUGCCCUCACUCAGGAAGCUGCCACCGUCAAAGACGUCCAGUCUCAAUCAGACCGUCUGAAGGAGGAGAAAGCCGCCAUAGAGGAGGCGCAUGGGAUGACCCAGUCGAUCAUCGCCGAUUUGCAAGCCCGUCAUGACUCCCUUCUGGAAGACAAGACCGCUGCUGAAGACGCUCAUAGCCGAGCGAUUGAAGUGCUGAAGCAGGAUUCUGAAAGCCAGUCCAAGCAUUUGCUUGCUGAACUACAAGCGAAGUAUGAUGCCUUGCUGGAUGAGAAGAAGGCUGCAGAGCAGGAACACCAUCGUCUGCUGGAGACUCAGAAGCAGGACGCCGAUGCAUAUGCUUCUUCGAAGGAACUAAUCGAAGAAGUCCAAUCCAAAUACGACAGUCUGCUACGCGAGAAGACUGCAUCCGACGACGAACACGAACAUGCGAUCAAGGCACUGAAGCAGGAACAUGAGACCACAUCAAGACAGCUCAUCGACGAGCUUCAAGCCAAAUACGACGCACUGCUCGAAGAGAAGAACGCAACCGAAGCAACAUAUACUCAAACGAUUGAGGCUUUGAAAUCUGAAUCGGAAAGCACCACCAAGUCGAUCCUGGGCGAACUUCAAUCCAAAUACGACGUACUGUUAGAAGAGAAGUCUGCGGCUGAUGAUGAGCACAACCAAGCUAUCAUGCACCUGAAGGAACAGGUAGAGGGCGCGUCCAAGGAGCUUCUGAGCGAGCUCCAAGACAAGUACGAUCAAGCUCAGGACAACGUAAAGAGCACGUCCGAAGCUUUAAGCGCUUUGCAAGAGAAGCACGAUGCUGCCAUGGAAGAGAUUAGCAGUAUCGAGGCUAACCACAAGGCUGAGAUUGAUGCUCUCCAGAGCCAGCGUGACGACCUUUCCAAGCGACUUUCACAACUCGAAAAGAGCCACGCAGACGUGCUCACCGGGCAGCUGGUGACCGAGGAAGCACACGCAAAAGCACUCGAAACUCAACAGGCUGAGAUUGAGCAAAAGUAUGCUAGUCUACUUGAGAUCAUGCAAAGCGACGCCGAUCGACUGGAACAGGAGAAGUCUACGGCGUUAUCGGGCAAACAAUCCGCCAUCAACGAGCUCGCUGCUCUUAAGAAAGAGCUGCACGCUGAAAUUGAUGAGCUCAAGUCCGGACUCUCCACGAGGGAGCAAGUGCAAUCCACCGGAAACGACGAGAUGACCCUGAAAUACGAGAACCUUCUCGCCGAGAAGACCGCCGCGGAGAAGGAGCAUCAGGAUGCCAUGGCAUUGCUCAGGGACUCUCUCACGCAGGACCAUGAGCAGGCCCUAUCGAAGUUGCAAUCCGACUACAACGCUUUGCAAGACAAGACUGCCAAGACAGAUCAAGAGCAGAGUGACGCAAUUGAGCUACUGAAAGACGAGUUCCAAGCAGGUCAUUCGAAUGACAUGCAAGCCUUGAAACAACAGCUUGAGGCUAUGCAGAAACGGCACUCUGACCUUACCGAGCAGAAGGCGUCUAUGGAUCAGGCACAUGAGGAAGCUAUCAGCGAAUUGAUGGUGGGCAUGGAGGCUAGCACAUCCGACGCUUUGCAGCAAUUGCAGGAGAAGUACGCUGCUCUUGCCGCUGAGCUGGAAGCAGAGCGUUCCCGGCAUGCCCGCGACAUUGAAGCUGUAAGGCAAGAGACAGCCACACAGGCAGCCUCAGACAGGGAGAUACCUCAGCAAGCUCUAAUCACCGACAUCCCGGAAGCCUCCACAUCGAACGGAACUGAUUACGAAGAAAAGCUUCGUGAGGUGGAGCGACAACGUGACGAAGCCAUGAGAGCUGCCCAGGACGCCGAAGACCGCAUCGAAACCAUGAAGGGCGAAGUCGUUCGCAAGCAUUUGGCACGAGUUGAGCCUUUGGAGAAGGAGAACGCCUUCCUCACCGACAAGAUCGACCGCCUUGAAGCCAUCAUCGCCGCCGGUGAUCGCAUUGCUCGUGCGGCCGCAACCAUAGGCGAGCAGCGUAACAUCAACACUCUCGCAGAAGAGGAUGAGGAGGAUGACGAAGCCAUGGCGCCGGGUAUUCAGGCUCCCAAAACAAACGGCGCCGGUGACCACAAAGACGUGGUAGGAACUUUGGCAGCUAUGCAAGAGACCCUGAACCAGCUCGCUGAGCUCAACAACGAGGCCAUAUCUGAAAGCACGAAGACCGCCCACAAGCUCACCGUCGAGCAAGACUAG